CUCAUCAGCCAUCUUCUUAACUUUAUAAUUUAUCACAAUGGAUCUCCAAUUCUCCACAUUUCGAUAUUCAAGAAUCAGCGCUAUAAAUCCUAUUUCGUCCUCCAAAUUCCGCCAUUAUCGAUCCUCUAAGUUCUUCACUAUCAGGUCGAACUUGCCAUUUUCGCCUCAGAAAGCUAAGUAUUACAAAGAGCUAGAAGCUGCUGUCAAUGUCGUCGAUCGAGCUUGUCGCAUUUGUGUAGACGUGCAGAAGUCGUUAUUCUCUGAUGAUGGAAAUGUUUUGGAGAAGAAUGAUAAUAGUCCGGUCACAAUUGCAGAUUUCAGUGUCCAAGCUCUAAUUAGUUUAGAGUUGAAUAAACAAUUCCCAUUGAUUCCUUUGGUGGCUGAAGAGGACUCCGGUUUCUUGCGUUCUAAUAAUCUAGCUGAUGCUGUGGUAAAUAUUGUCAAAGAUAAUACGAGCUUCUCAUAUGAGCAAUUAACAGAUGAUGAAGUGUUGGAAGCAAUUGACAGAGGAGGGAGUAAUUCCAUUGCUUUUGAGGCCAAGCCGGCUACGUACUGGGUGCUAGAUCCAAUAGAUGGGACACGAGGGUUUCUCAAAGGUGGUAGUGCCUUGUAUGUGGUUGGACUGGCACUUAUAGUCGAAGGGGAGAUGGUACUGGGAGUUAUGGGUUGCCCAAACUGGAGAGAGCAUUCUUUGAACAAAUCUCGUACUGAUGUUGAAGAAUCCCAAAAGAAUGAAUCUUCUCAAGGGAUCAUUAUGGCGGCCCAUGUGGGCUGUGGGACAUGGACAAUUAAAUUACCUGAAGUGCUGGGUGGUUUAAUGAACAUGGAUAGCUUUUGGGAGAGAAGCUUUGUUGAUGGAACUUCAUUAGUUCAUGAGGCUCGUUUCUGCAUUCCUGAGAGUCACACGUGGGAUUCAAUACCCCUAUCAAAUUCCCUUAGUGCAACAACCAAUGCUGCUAAUGUAGGGGAGAAGCAAAUUCUUCUUCUCCCAGCAUGCUGUGGAAGUUUAUGCAAGUACUUAAUGGUCGCUUCAGGUAGAGCAUCUGUUUUCAUAAAUCGAGCAAGGGCUCAAACUAUUAUGAAGCUAUUGCAACUAUUUUGUGCACGGUCUUCAAUCUCAAAUGUGGUUGCGAUCAGGCUAAAGCCACUAAUGGUUGUGGAACCACUUUCUCUAGUAAUGCUUGAAACAAAGUUGCAGUAAAUAAAGAGACACUGCAGAGUAGAAGUACUUCAAAUGACAAAAAGUUUGUAGGAGAGUGUGAGAAUGAGAAAUGAAAGGGAUUAUAAUUGGUUAUUUGGUUUAAUGGUGAAUUUCGUCGAAGUUGUCAUUGAUGAUUAUGGUGGUCAGUAAUUUUGGAUGGGAAUUCGGUGAUGUACGGUAAAUGUAAUUGGGCAUGGUGAUUGGUAUUUUUGUGGAGAUGGUGAGUGAGGUGCAUAUGGUGAUGGGGGUAUCCUAUGUGGUGGUCAUACGGUUUUCUAAAUUAGAGGUCAAUGUGAACCAAAAUGGGAAGGCAUUUCUUAGAGUUGAAAUCAUUCCUAGUUAAUCAACAGGUAGGACUGGUUAAAGAAGAGUGGGUAUAGUUGGGAAUCUUGGGAUUGUUGGAUUCAAUUUUUCUUAUAAAUAAAGCCUCAUGUUUUCUUUCCUCUAUUUGUGGCUUAAAAUUCAAACCAGUCGGCCUGAACCCCACAUAACUGUAAUAGUUUGUUAGAGAAGAUGAACGGCUUUGUUUAGAAACUGUUUAAUGUUUUGGACAGCUUUUUGAUGUAUUGCAUCAUAUGUACAGAUCACACUUUACAGUAGGAUAUGGACAAGUUUUUUGCUUUUGUCUGAUUACUUUUUGGCUUUGAAGGAAAGGGGGUGGGGAGGGGCGUAGCUUCUGUGGAACUUUGUGCUUAUGCCAGUAAUUAGCUAAUGUUCAAAACAGACAAACUGAGAUAAGGCAAACAGGUAAAUGUUGGAAGGAAUUCUUUAAUUGUAUUAGGAGAAUGACAACUUUGAUAUUCUGAAAAUGAGGGAUUAUUGAUAGAGAAUAUGCAAGAUAUGCUUAUCUUGUAGUUUAUAUUCUCUAUCAAUUAUGACUACCCCAUCUGGUAAAAAUUUGCUCCAUUUUAGGCUCUAAAAGCAAACAUUAGCUUCUUGUAGUAAGGUUUUCUUACUGUAGGGCUUGAUGAGAGUUCAAAUAUCCCACAGCCAUAUUCCUAGAUGGUUCAGACAUAAGUCAAUUCUCGCAAAGUCACAACACACUGAUUGAGGCAAUCUGAUCGGUGGCUCAAUCUGGAGCUGGUCUUUUUGGGCAAAGGAUCUGAGUUUUAGCUGGAUCAUCUAGCUCAUUGUUCCCGUGGUACCUCAUCUCACAAUAUAAAGGGAGAAAAAAGUAAUAUUUUGUUCUUAACUUACUCAUGGCCUACUGUAAUGAUUAAUGAAACCCGUUCGCCCUUGAAUAUCCAUUUUCUGGAAGGUACUUUUGUGCUGGAUACAUGACUUUUGUGUUUGUUUAUAGCGCGUUACUCUUUGAUUUUGUAUUAAAAUGUCUUGGAGACCAAAAUUUGAUAAUUGACUCUUUGUCAUAUAUGAAAAAGUGCGAUGAAUAUUUGUUCUUCUUUUCAAGAUCUGGAUAUUUAUUUUGGUGCAUUACCAUAUUGUGUAAUUACCAUGAAAUGCCUUUAAAUAGUGGUUUGACACUUUAACUUGAAGAGGGGUAAGAGAAUUUUGGAGCAUAUAUGAUAUGGCUGUUAAACAUCUCUUAUACUUUGUUUUUGACUCCAGAAAUAUAUUUGCAAAAUUAUUGAGACUAUGAUGACAGAUUUUGUGCUGUUGUUAUG